GCUCUCCGCGGCCGGUCCUCUGCAGCCGGGUCGUGAGUGACACCUCCGGCCUCGGUUUCUGGACUCGCCGUGCGCGCUGCCUUCGUCUCGCCGGACCGGGCUGCACAAGGGCUCCCGCUGACGCUAUGCUUGUAUUGGUGCACGCAUGAGAGACUCCGCCGCCGCCACCGCUGCCGCCGCCAGAGCCAUGGAGGAGCCGGAGUGCAGCUCCUCGGCCAGCAGGCAAGAGUGCAAGUCUGAAGAUGUCACUUGCAAGAUCUCAGAAUCUGAUCCUGAGGAGUUAUCUGAUGAAGCAAAUACUGAAACUUUCUAUGGAACCUCUCCUCCUAGCACACCGCGGCAGAUGAAACGCAUCUAUAGGAAGCACCUGAAAAAUAAUGUGGGGGCGAGAUCUACCAGCCGUACUGCUUUGAAAGAGAAGAUGAGCUCACCAAACCAGCUGUCUAACAAAGACAAUGUCAAAACCCUCGAUAACACAGAAGAGCACAGCUAUAAGCAGGGGAAAAAGAUCCGAGCCACCCUAAGGACAACUGAGAGGGAUCACAAGAAAAACGUACAGUGCUCAUUCAUGUUGGAGUCAGUCAGUGCGUCCUUGCCAAAAAAGUCGAUUCCAGAUGUUGAUCUCAAUAAGCCUUACCUCAGCCUUGGCUGCAGCAAUGCUAAGCCUCCAGUAUCUGUACCUGUGCCUAUAGCCAAAACUACACGCCAGACUUCUCGUACUGAUUACCCAGCGGACCGCUUAAAGUUCUUUGAAACCCUGCGGCUUUUGUUAAAGCUUACCUCAGUUUCCAAGAAAAAGGACAAAGAGCAGAAAGGGCAAGAAAGCACUUCCUCCGUUGAGUUAAACCGAUCCAAUGAACUGAUCUGGCUUGAACUGCAAGCUUGGCAUGCAGGCCGGACAAUUAAGGACCAAGACUUUUAUUUGUACACAGCCCGUCAAGCCAUCCCAGAUAUUGUCAAUGAAAUCCUCACUUUCAAAGUUAACUAUGGGAACCUCUCCUGUGUAGGAAGUGGAGCUAGUCUUAAUGGUACAUCAGGAGGACAGUGUAAAGCAGCCCAUGGAGCUAGCACUAUGGGCUACUCAAGCUACCAUGAACACCUCCAUCGCCAGCGGGUCUCAUUUGAACAGGUAAAGCGGAUAAUGGAGCUGCUAGAAUACGUAGAAGCACUUUAUCCAUCUCUGAAGGCCCUUCAAAGUGACUAUGAAAAGUAUGCUGCCAGGGAUUUUCAGGACAGGGUGCAGGCACUCUGUCUCUGGCUAAAUAUUACAAAAGACUUAAACCAGAAACUAAGGAUUAUGGGAACUGUUUUGGGCAUCAAGGAUCUAUCUGACAUUGGCUGGCCAGUGUUUGAAAUCCCUUCUCCUCGGCCAUUCAGGGACAAUAAUCCAGAGUACGAGGGUGAUGAUAGGGAAACCUCGGGGGCAUGCACAGAGGAAAGUGAAGAUGAAGAACAAAUCUCUGAGGAAAAUGUGGAGGAACUCAGACAAGCCAUCCAAAAUAAUUUUGCCAAUAAGCCAAAUUUUGACUUUGAGGCACAAGACCAUUUUUCAAGAAAGCUUGAGAGGCUUGAAUCUGAGGACGACUCAACCUGCUGGGCCGUUACAGAGUGCAGCGGUGAAGCAGGCUGCAGCAGACACUGUUUGACCUCUAUUUAUAGGCCAUUUGUAGAUAAAGCACUGAAACAAAUGGGGUUGCGAAAGCUAAUUUUAAGACUGCACAAGUUAAUGCAUGGUUCCCUGCAAAGGGCCCGAAUGGCAUUGAUAAAGAAUGACCAGCAGUUGGAGUUUUCAGAGUACCCAGAUCCCAUUUUAUGUUCAGAUUACGUGCAGUUGUCAAAUUCUCCGACUUCUUCAGAUCAAAAAUGCAGUACUGUGUCAUGGGAAGAGCUGAAAUCUAUGGAUUUGCCAUCUUUUGAGCCUGCAUUUCUAGUUCUUUGCCGAGUCCUUCUCAAUGUUAUCCAUGAGUGUCUCAAAUUAAGGUUGGAACAGCGGCCUGCCGGGGAGCCAUCUCUCUUGAGUAUUAAGCAGCUAGUGCGAGAGUGUAAAGAGGUCCUGAAAGGAGGUCUGUUAAUGAAGCAAUAUUAUCAGUUUAUGUUACGUGAAGUGUUAGAUGACUUACAGAAGAACAACUGCAACAUCGACUCUUUUGAAGAAGACUUGCAUAAGAUGUUAAUGGUUUAUUUUGAUUAUAUGCGAAGCUGGAUCCAAAUGCUACAGCAGUUACCUCAAGCAUCUCAUAGUUUAAAAAAUCUCUUGGAGGAAGAAUGGAAUUUCACCAAAGAAAUCACUCCUUACAUACGGGGCGGUGAAGCUCAAGCUGGAAAACUGUUCUGUGACAUUGCAGGAGUGCUGCUAAAAUCAACAGGUAUCUUUUUGGACUGUGGCUUACAAGUCAGCUGUGAUGACUUUUGGGCUUGUGCUGAUGACAGCUCUGCUUCAGAUGAAAUCAGGAGAUCUGUUAUAGAGACCAGCCGGGCACUGAAAGAGCUGUUUCAUGAAGCUAGAGAGAGAGCAUCCAAAGCUCUUGGCUUUGCUAAGAGAUUAAGAAAGGACCUUGAAAUAGCAGCAGAGUUCACAUUAUCUGCCUCUGUGCGGGAGUUCCUCAGUGCCCUGAAAGCUCAACAGUACAUGAAGGUGCAAAUCCCUGGACUUGAAAACUUACAGAUCUUUGUGCCAGCUAACCUUGCGGGGGAAAAGUCUAUUAUCUUGCAGUUGCUUAAUACAGCUGCAGGAAAAGACUGUUCCAAAGAUUCUGAUGAGGUUGCAGGUGAACCGUUUCUGCUUAUGACAAAGCAUAGUGAUAAAGAUCAUGAAGUUGAUGACAACUGGAGCACUUGGGAAGGACAGCCAGUCAAAAUAGUUCCUCAGGUGGAAACUAUUGAUACACUGAGAAGUAUGCAGGUUGAUAACCUCCUCCUUGUAGUCAUGCAGCCUGUUCAUCUUGGGAACCUGAGAAAAAAUUUCCAGCAGUUUUUUGAAGGGCUGAUCUCUUUGCAUCAGGAGCAAACAUCCAGCCAGCCUGUCAUUGCCAAAGCUUUGCAGCAAUUGAAGAGUGAUGCUUUGCAGCUAUGCAAUAAGAUAAGCUGUGCCAUUGACAGAGUUGAUCAAAUGUUCACAUCUGAAUUCGACACAGAGGUUGAUGAAUCAGAAUCUGCCACCUUGCAGCAAUAUUAUCGGGAAGCCAUGAUUCAGUGUUAUAACUUUGGUUUUGAGUAUCACAAAGAAGUCAUUCGCCUGAUGUCUGGAGAAUUCAGACAGAAAAUCGGAGACCAGUACAUCAGUUUUGCAAGGAAGUGGAUGAAUUAUGUCCUUACCAAAUGUGAGAGUGGUCGGGGCACCAAACCCAGGUGGGCAACGCAGGGCUUUGAUUUUCUUCAAGCCAUUGAGCCAGCCUUUAUGUCAGCUCUGCCUGAAGACGACUUCUUGAAUUUACAGGCAUUGAUGAAUGAAUGUAUUGGCCAUGUCAUCGGAAAGCCUCACAGUCCCGUUACAGGUUUGUACCUUGCUAUUCAUCGGAAUAGUCCCCGUCCUGUGAAAGUACCUCGAUGCCAUAGUGAUCCCCCAAAUCCUCACCUCAUCAUCCCAACGCCUGAAGGGUUCAGCACAAGGAGUGUCCCAGGCGAUGUACGGAACCAUUGCAGUCCUGCUCUUAGUCGCCCCACUCCCAUCAGUGGUGACUCAACUCAGCCAAAACCUGUCAGCAGUGCAAAUGAUAUCAGGGGUUCAAGCGUCCCUGAAAAUGAUCGACUGGCUUCAAUCGCCGCUGAACUGCAGUUUCGGUCAUUAAGCCGCCACUCCAGUCCCACUGAAGAACGUGAAGAGCCGUCUUAUCCAAAAGGAGAUUCAGGCGGAUCAGCCCGAAGGAGUUGGGAGCUUCGGACUCUUAUCAGUCAGACCAAAGACACUGCUUCCAGGCAGGGACCCAUGGAAGCAGUUCAGAAAUCUGUCAUGGUGUUUGAAGAACAGCGGUACCUAGAAAUGAGGCGGAAAAAUAUUAUUGGCCAAGUCUGUGACACUCCUAAAUCUUAUGAUAACGUCAUGCAUGUAGGCUUGAGAAAAGUGACCUUUAAGUGGCAGAGAGGAAACAAGAUUGGAGAAGGCCAGUAUGGGAAAGUCUAUACCUGUAUCAGUGUUGACACCGGUGAAUUGAUGGCUAUGAAAGAAAUAAGAUUUCAACCAAAUGAUCACAAAACAAUCAAAGAAACUGCAGACGAGCUGAAAAUUUUUGAAGGCAUUAAGCACCCUAACCUGGUUCGGUACUUUGGUGUAGAGCUCCAUAGGGAAGAAAUGUACAUCUUCAUGGAAUACUGUGAUGAGGGAACUCUGGAGGAAGUGUCACGACUGGGCCUCCAGGAACAUGUCAUUAGGCUUUACACGAAGCAGAUCACAACAGCCAUCAAUGUGCUGCAUGAACAUGGUAUAGUGCAUCGGGACAUCAAAGGAGCAAACAUCUUUCUUACCUCGUCAGGGCUGAUUAAGCUAGGAGACUUUGGCUGUUCAGUAAAAUUAAAGAAUAAUACACAGACAAUGCCUGGCGAGGUGAACAGUACUCUGGGGACUGCAGCAUACAUGGCUCCUGAAGUGAUUACACGAGCUAAAGGAGAAGGCCACGGGCGUGCAGCUGACAUCUGGAGCCUAGGCUGUGUUGUGAUUGAAAUGGUCACAGGGAAGAGGCCCUGGCAUGAAUUUGAACACAAUUUCCAGAUCAUGUAUAGGGUUGGAAUGGGUCAUAAACCUCCCAUACCAGAAAGGAUAAGCCCAGAAGGGAAAGACUUCCUUUCUCACUGCCUGGAAAGCGAUCCAAGGAUGAGAUGGACAGCUAGCCAGCUCCUCGACCAUCCGUUUGUCAAGGUGUGCACAGAUGAAGAAUGAAGUUAUAAGCAACACAUGGCCUCCUGUACUCUGGUGAAGUAUCUCUUAAUCACUACUGUAUGUAAUAUUUACAUAAAAGACUGUGUUCAGACGCAGAAUACAACUCAAAACUUACCGUGACUGAAGACUGCACAAGUGACCAGUGUCACUUCUACUGCUGCUCUUGUACGUUUCCCUUGGUACACGUUUCUCCCGUGACAGCGCCCACGAGUUUAAAGAAGCUGCAUGUUUCAGUGAAAGUGCCAUUACUACUGUAUAAUGGACCAUUGACCUUAUUUUUGUUCCUUCUGUUUCUCAUAUGAUUGAGAACUGUAAUGUUAAUAUGUAGUAUUUUUGAACUUUCUAGGUUCGAAAAAAGCAAAGGUUAGUGUUAUAUCAGGCAUUCUGGACCUUGUUUUUAAUCUCCUGUUUGUUGAGUGCACUGACUGUGAACUUCUACCUUUUUUUGUUUUUGUUUUUUUAUUGGCCAGCUUCAGAUUUGUUAUGCAAAGGCUGAUUGAUGAAAUUUAAAAGCUUUUCUCAAUAAAUGGUUUAUUUUA